AUGGACACUGUGCGCAAAAGAAUUAUGCGACGCUUAUUUUGGAGAAAAAAAAACUUGUUAAUCCUUGGCAUUGUGUGCUUCGGUCUACUGUUGAUUUUAUGGAUAAGUACAGACAAGCCUGAGCAUAAUAAGGUUCAUAAAGACCGUGCACAUCUGCCUGUUGACAAAGCACCAGAGGAGGCGCUUAAACAAGGUGGUGACUCUCAAGGACUAGAUGCAGCCUAUAAGUACCACGCGGAAAAUCCAAUUCCAAGACCAGUGGCUAAUGCUCCACAAUUUCCAAAUGUUCGCCUACAUCCGCCUAUCGAUAAAGAUCCGGUUCCUGGAGAAGUACAACUAGACCUUGCCAAUGAAAUGAUAAUGAUGAUGAACUUCAUUUUCGUGAUAUAA